AAAGAGAAGGAGAGUUGAAAAGAAAAAAUCUCUCUAUAGGUCUCCUCCUUCUUCAAUCGACGGUGCAUAACGCUGUUUCGCGUUACGAUCGGCCUGACUUUCACGCGCACAGUCACACAGGAAAUGCAGUUUAUGGAUCGCCGCGCGAAAGUCUGAUAAGGAAAAUUGAGAGGAUGACGUCAGAGGAGAGUCGAAAUUGAUUCUCCGUCGUUCGAUUCGGCGAUGUCGAGGAUAACUUAAGUUUUCGUUUUCACCUUCCUCGUCGUCGUUCAAUUUUUCUCCUUCGAUUUCUCGUUCGAAUGUCGAAAAGUCGCAAGAAACGUCAAAGAUGACGGUAGUGCCGCUGGUGACAUCGCGAACGUGCACGCGGCCGUCAGUAAGCACGAGUCGCUGCACGAGCUGCGUACCGUUGAAUAUCGCUCUUUCAUAUUCUUCCAAUCAAAUUCGAGACUGCGUUAAUCUUCUCUUUAUCUUUCUUUCAAAUCGAUCGAAGAUCGUUCGAACAUUAUCGAGGAUUUCGAAGUCUCCUUUAGUCGAGUUGACGUCUUCUUUGUUCCAUUUAAUCGACGUCGCAACGCUGAAAUGAUUCCCGCGAAAAGGUUUAUGCUCAGAGUCUCUAUGGCACCGUGGUCUUGGAUGGAGAUUCCUGGCUUGUUUAUUGGCUAGAUCGAGCGUUACGGCAUGGUUUACGCGUAGAAAGGCACGGAUAUUGGGGUACGGCCAGAGAACUAAGUCAUCAGGAUACCGUCGUGGUGAUCCAUGCUCUCCAAAGCGUACUAACUUCCAUAGGAAAAGUUCUAUAUAUUUUCUAGGUAGAGCAUGGUUAUAUCAUACCCUCAGCGAAGGCAGCUUCGAAAGUUAUUUAGCCUGCUUACUGCGGGAUAGCAAAACAUUAAAGAAACAAUACUUUCCCCAUGCGCUUGUCCGCGACGCCGAUAAGACCAACCAACUUGUGAAUCUCCUCGCUGGUCUAGAAAAUGUGUCCUUCACUUUACAAUUAGAUGUGACACACUUGGACAUCUGCAAUUAUAUGCCGCAAAGGCCUAUGAGCAUAAACUCUUCUGGAACCGUAUUAUCUUUACAUCUGAGAUCUUCUAGCGUAUGUUCGAGCUUAGCUUCGCCCGGCGAUAGUGGUGUUGCGUUUGACAGUGACAUGGACCUCGCGAAUGAAACCGAUGCCAGCAGUUACAAAGAAGAAGACUCUUCGAUGGAUGAUAUUCCAGAUUAUCGAAAUAAUAGAUACAAAGUUAUCAUCAACAAUUGCAUACAAGAGAACAAAAAUUUUAGCUCGAGCGAUUCCAGCGAGGAUGGGAAGACACCGAUGCAGUCUCCUGCGGUUACAAAAUUUCAAAAUGUGAUUAUGACGAAGAGUGACAUCGCGAAUCAAAACUUAACCAGGAAGCUCGAAGAUAAUGAACUCAAUUGUUCGAGUUUGGACACUUUGAAAAGUUAUGAUUUUUACAGCAGAAGCCUUGAUACCGUUCACUUGGACGCGGUGAACAAUAAAUGUGACAACGGAAUAAAAGAAAUAAAUAAAAGGAGCAGCUAUUACGGGGACGGCAGCUAUAGCUUCAAGAAGAACAUCGAUCCUCGUAAUUCCUACGUGAUUAAUAACGAUACAAAUCUCUUGGAAUUGAGUAUGACCAUUUCUGAUUGCGAUAAUAUAGAGCCUCCUUAUGGUAUUCUGAACACACUUAAUGUGACGGAUGCGAGCAUUUUGUCGACAUCCAGCUCCGAAGCCAUAGUACAACGUAGACAACGUAAGAAGAAGCGUGAGAGCAAGAAACGCGUUAGUUUUCACGAGGAUAUUCUAAAAACGAUGAAAUUAGAUGACGAUGAGAGCUAUGCGGAUUUCUCUAUGAGCUUUCUAACACCGAACUCGAUUCAAAAGAAGGACGCUCAGAAGGGACGUUACAGUUGGUGUGGACACGGAGAUUCUCCUUACGUUCAAAAGAGUACCAAUACAAGAAACGCGCAUUCCGAUUAUUAUUCCUUUUCUUCGUCGUCGAGCGUAUUCGACAGUGAUAUCGAAAAGAAGGGAACGCAGAAGUUAUGCAAUCAGACGUUGUGUCAGAAAAAUUGUAAAUGUUCUUGCGAUCUAUCUCUGCCAGAACGUGGUUCGCCAGAAGGACAAGAAGAUCCAGGUAAAAGUUUAAGACCAAAGAUGGAGAUAGAAUUGGAAGAGAACGAGGCACAAGAAGCGUACAUCGUUGAAAAGCAGUACGGAAAUAUCGUCGAGGAUCCGCCGGUAAAAGUAGAAAUGCCGAGAGCACAGAAUUCUAAGAAAUAUGCCAGUUCUAGCGAUUGGUCCGACGUAGAGAGCGUCGCAACUUCCGAUUUAGAAGAACGUAAGAUCAAUAGGCAUUUGGCUUCGCCGUCUAAAAAACGUAACAUGACCUCGAUAUUAACCGGUGAAAGCAGUAGUAAAUUAUUAGCGCCUCCUUUACGACAAGCACCAUCGAAAACAUCGUUGUUGAGUAGAUUUUUGAGAUCUAUCACGGAGAGGAAAUUUGAAAGUAAAAAAACCAAGAAACCACAGAAGGCUAAUCCGUUGUACAUCAAAGGUGUCAAAGCAAAUUACGAUUCGUUUAAGGAUUUCAACGAUAAUCUCGAUAGAGAGAUACAAGAAAAUGUUGCUGCAGAAAAGCAAGAGUUCAGCGGAGAGAAGAUCAGCCUAAAAUUACGAGAAACCUUUAAGAAGCAUAUUUACAGAGACAAAACAGAAGAGUUGUAUAAAGUUUAUAAAGUUAGAAGUUCGUACAUGACGAACGGAGAGAGCAAGCCGAUGAUCGCUUUAUUAACGGACAAAACAUUAUACUUAACCGGCUCGAAGUUGGAUCAUUCCUACAGUAACCAAUUCGUAAUUCCUUACAACGAGCUAGAUGUUAUAAUGAUUGGACCAAAUGCACAAACGAUUCUUAUCUCUAACGCCGAUUAUGAGAUGCAGUAUCUAUUUUCCACUGGCAGUUCGCAUACCACCUCGGAAUUAAUUACGCAUUUGGAAAUAGCCAUGAGAAGAUCACCAUCGAAGCCUCGAUUGCCGGCUGUUAAAGAAUUAAGUUAUGAAGACAUGCAUAUUCUGAAGCAGUCGAUAUUGUCUGAUACUGCUGUACAUCCUGAUGAAAAAAUAGAACAUUACAGUCUUAUUUAUAUGGAGGAUGAACAUAUGUCUCCUCCGAGCACACCGUGUGGCCCAACCAAAGAAGGCGAUCUUAUGUUUAGACCACACACUUAUCAGCAGAUACAUCCUAAUGCACCAAUAAAUCCUUGGGAAGCUGGAUAUUUUGUUCUUAAAGGCGGUGUGGUUUACAUGUUUACAGAUUCGAAUCAACGCCUUCCUAAACGUGCCAUUCCGUUGAAGGGUGGUCUUUGUCAAGGUUGCCGAAGAAUUCCCAACUCGCAUCGACCGCAUACGUUCGAAAUACUUUUGAAACCAAAUAAAGCAUUUCAAUUUGCUGCUCCGGACGAAUACGUUGCUUCCGAAUGGUUGCAAAGUUUCGUGCAAAGUGCGUCUGGUUUGUUUGAUUGUUCUGAUAAAAGAGAACCUAUGCCCUGUAGUCUUGUCACGACUACAAGACAUCUAGUUGCCAUGAAAGAAGUAUAUCCAGGUACUCAACGCAAUCAAACGUUAUCGUGUGCUUCUGUGGAAGACUUAACAGCUUUCAGAGUACCCUUACCCGAACAAUCUUGGUGUAUAUUGGAAUUCGCUUGUCGGGAGGUUCACGAGAGUAGCGGUGAUUGGGUGAUAUACUUUACCAAUUAUACCGAGCUCUGUACUUUCAGAGAGAUUUUACAAACGUUAUGGGCUGAUGCGGAUUUGGGUGAAUUUCCUAUGGUUACGCUUCCUCCAGAAGAUAAACUUCAUCGACGCUGUUCGGAUGCUAGUAAAGAUUUAGAAUAUGCUUGGCAAUAUUUAUUACCGUCAACGAUCGAAUAAGCACUAAGGUGUAUUCAUAUACACGAUAGAAACCCUUAAGAGAAAUAUUUUACUUUAUCUCCUGAUGAAAAGAAAAGAUCGAAAAAUUGCAUAUUGAUAACCUACAAGGUAAUAUUGAAGAAACGUAAAAACGUAAAAUGAUAUAGUACACUAUACAUUUAAAAUGAUAUGUUAUUCUAUUCCUGUGAAGUAGCAUACAACUAAAUUUUAAUGUAUGUAUUAUAUUUUAGUUUGAUUAAUUAAGCAGAAAGUUUGUGUAACGAAUUGAAUUAUUAGGUUGCCUGAUUUGAAUAGAUUAGUAAUUCUAAGUGAUAUUAAUCGUGCUAUGCACAAAACGGUGCAAUAUAUCGUCUCUAGUAUAAAGUUUUGUGAUUAUUUGCUAGUAAUUUAUAUUGAUAAAUGAAUUGUAAUAUAAUGGCAAUUGUGAAGGGUUGUGUUGCAUCACAUUGUAUGAAUGUCUAUGUACUCACAUUUAUCCAAAAAGAUAGGGUAAUAUGCAUUAACUACGAUUAUCUUUGAGACAAUGUUCUUCAAA